AUGAUACAAGCAUUACGUCGGAUUAGACAAAAUAUAGCAACUGAUUUCCUUUACUGUAGAAAGCAUCGAUUUAGUUACGGCAAAUCUUGGUUUGCCAAUUAUAGCAAGUAUAAUAACAGGAUGACGUCUGAAUUACCUAAGGAUGUGCAAUCGGGUAAGAUUGAAAUCAACGGUGUUGAGUUAUAUUAUAGUAAACGAGGCCAAGGGCAGCCAGUAGUACUCUGCAUGCCAGGCUCUUUCGGAACUGGUUUGAGCGAUUUUAAGCAUAACUUUUAUGCCCUAUCGGAGAGUAUGACUGUUGUUACAUUUGAUCCUCGCGGCUAUGGAAAUUCAAGGCCUCCCGAUCGACAAUUUCCUGUCGAUUUUUAUCGUAUCGACGCCGAUGAUACAAUCCAGUUAAUGAACAAGCUAGGUUUCGACAAAUAUUGCUUACUAGGAUGGAGUGAUGGUGGUAUAACUGCCAUUAUUCAUGCAGCUACAAAUUCUAAAAGUGUUUCGAAAUUGAUUCUCUUAAAUGCUUGUGCAUACUUUACUAAGGCUGAUUGUGAUCUGAUGGAGCCUUUAAUGGAUAUCUCGAAAUGGAAUCCAAAAACCUUAGAUGUUUUAAGUGGAAUAUAUGGUCGAGAAACAUUGGCACAGAUGAAUAAGGAUUAUUACCAAACUUUCUUUCAAAUAUAUAAAAACGGUGGAGAUGUUUGCAAAGCAGACGCUGAUAAAAUAGUGUGUCCUACGUUAAUUGUUCAUGGUGAAAAAGAUCCUAUGAUACCCUCCCUUCAUGCACAUUAUCUACAUGAGCAUAUUAAACAUUCCCAUCUAUGUAUAGUCCCAGAUGGAAAGCAUGCCAUACAUAAGCGUCAGCCGGAUAAAAUCAACAAAUUAGUAGAGAGAUUCUUCCUUGAAGAUGUAGCACCUCAAUGGGAUCAAUUAUAG